GGGGCAACCCUUCUCGACCUCCGAAGAAAAGUUGAACGGGCGAUCUAUGAAUGUUGCCGCUUCGAACAAGCUGGCAGUCACUCUUGAGAGAGUGUGUAAUAGCUUACUGAUCGAGUGCUCUUUCGCCGGAGGUGAACGGGGCUAAACUGGUUGAGAAUUUUACUUCACCCAUGGAUUGGAUUGAUUGUUGGGUAACUUUGGUUGAUGAGAACAUCUAAAAUGAUGACUAACACAAAUAAAGUAAGAAGUAAGAAAAGCAGAGGAGCUUUCCUGUUUGACCCAAAAAAGAAAAAGAAAAAAUCAGCUCAAAAUUGUUUGUGAUGAAGUCUUGUACAGCAACUCCCAUUUUUCCCCCUCUCCCACCUCUCUAAUGUCUUUCUUUCACAAACCAAAUUUCUUUUCCUCCUCCUCCUCAUCUCCUUCCUCUGUUUCUACAAAAGAUGAGAAGAGACUGACGCGGCAGAGGAAGAUCAGACAUGAAACUCAACAACACCUAGGCUUACAGUUGACUCAUAUUGACUCUUCACAUUCCUUUGAUUCCGCCCUAAAAUCCCGCUCUCCUCCAUCCUCUACCUUGCCGCAACCCUUGCCUUCUCCUCGAUCGCUCAAGUCACCCGAGUUCUCGCCCUCCACUCUAGGCCAUGCUGUUCCGGCUUCGCCCAGAAGUAGUGCAGAUCAAAUUGCUACCAAGUCUAUCAAUUGUUCAAGGAAUUUUCGCAGAGGAUCCUCUCAAGAUGCUAAUUUUGAGAGUGUUAAACAUGGAUUAAGACUGAACAUUGCACCGCGAAGUGCUCCAUCAAGUGGUUUAUCAAGUCCUAUGGUUAGUCCACGAAGAUCAAGUGCAGGAGAGUUUCAUCCUCCCUGCGCCACUGAUUUGAGUAAAUGUUCAAGGGAUUGUUGCAAGGGACAAAUUGGUUAUUUGAAUAUUGAAUGUGUUAAUCGUAAAGUGAGUAUGACUGAAUUUUCUAGUAGCUCUCCAGCAAGUCGUUUCUUGAGCCCAACUGUAAGUCCUCAAAGAUUCAACACUGGAGACUUUUUACCAUCUUUCGUGGCUUCACAAUCAUGUCAGAAUCAGUCAUCUUCGGAUCUGGACUUAGGUUCCCGUCCUGGUCAUACUUUGGGGAUCUCACCGGUGAAAACCAUGCAUAGUGCAGAUACUUCUCCAAUCCAUAGCCCAUUUCUCCACAGAAAAUGUCAUAGUAAUUUUUCAUUUCAACUGCAUGAUAAAAUACUUGUGGGAAACUCAAAGGAGUUGCCUGAAACUAUUAUUCAUGUUAGUGCUCAUCCACUGCCUCUUCCUCCUAAAGCUGCAUCACCGCAACCGCGCAUUCCCUCACCAGCAGCUACUCUCAAUCAUAUGAUAGACAGACCAAAUGUCUCAUCGAGGAAAAAUCAGUGGGUGAAAGGAAAACUCAUUGGACGUGGUACAUAUGGAAGUGUUUAUGUUGGAACCAACCGAGAGACGGGAGCUUUAUGUGCGAUGAAGGAAGUUGAUAUUAUCCCUGGUGAUCCUAAAUCUAUUGAAUGCAUGAAGCAGCUGGAGCAGGAAAUCAAAUUUCUUAAAGACCUGGUGCAUCCAAAUAUUGUGCGCUAUUAUGGCUGUGAGAAAGUUGAUGAUCACUUUUACAUUUAUUUGGAGAAUGUUUAUCCUGGAUCAAUCAGCAAUUAUGUCCGUGAGCAUUGUGGAAAUAUGACAGAAUCUAUAGUCCGUAAUUUCACCCGCCAUAUUCUCUCUGGAUUGGCUUAUCUGCAUAGUAAAAAGACAAUUCACAGGGAUAUUAAAGGAGCAAAUUUGCUUGUUAAUUCAUCAGGCAUUGUCAAGCUAGCUGAUUUUGGGAUGGCAAAACCUCUUAGUGGAUUAUCGUAUGAAUUAUCUAUGAAAGGCAGUCCACACUGGAUGGCUCCAGAGGUCAUAAGGGCCACAAUGCAGAAAGAUGCUAAUCCCGAUCUUGCUUUGGCUGUUGAUAUAUGGAGCUUGGGCUGUACCGUGAUUGAAAUGUUUACCGGUAAACCUCCCUGGGGCGAGCUUCAUGGGCCUGCUGCAAUGUUCAAGGUUUUGAAUCAAUCUCCACUUAUACCAGAAGCAAUGUCUCCAGAGGCAAAAGACUUCCUCAGCUGUUGCUUUCAGAGAGAACCUGCAGAGAGACCAUCAGCAAGUAAGCUGCUUGAGCAUCCUUUUGUUCGAAAUUCAAGGGAAGUCAAUCAGUCAUCCUUCUGCCAAACGGCAUCAAAAAAUUCCAUGGAUACAUCGCAAAGUUUUAGAGAAUGUGCUUCAGAAAACAUUGAUUUGGUGCCACUCUCUCCAGGAAUGAGGAUUAUGAAUGAAAAACAACCUAACAAUAGUGCAAGAAGCCAACAAAGUUGUGCUACAGCUUCUAAUCAUUCUCCAUGUUCGCCAUCAAGAAUGGUUUCUGGUUCACGUAAUCUCGUUUCUUCUUCAAAUUUUUCCAGUAAUAUGCCCCUUGGCGCUGUGAGUAACCAUUAUUUUCUUCUAAAGAGUAAUCUUAAAUAUGCAUAGGUUGAGUUUUUAAUUUUUUUAGUCUUAAAAGAUACAAAGAAGAUAGUUCUUGUCAUGGUGGUCAUUUCCAUAUUCAUCACAUCAGCCAGAGCUUGUAGAAACUCAAGGGAUGAGGUUUUUAAGCAGUCAUGAUAUGGUGUUAGAAACAAAAGAGAAAACUUCACAUGAACUUGAACUUGUAAAUACAUGUACCUUUUCCACGUCAAUUUUUGUUAAUUCAAGCGUAGAAAAGCUUGUUAUUUUAGCUGGUUCUAUUUUCAGACCAGCUUUGUAUGUCAUUAUUGAACAUUUGUUGUACUAUAUACUCUUGAUAUUGAAUUGUUUGUAUCACUCAAAAUCAAUAAAUGAAAUUUGAAUUACAUAUCAA